AUGGACAAGAGCAUGGCCAACGGCGGGCCGCCCAGCUACACCCCGGCCUACGACUCCAUCUCCGCCUCCGCCUCCACAUCAACACCAUCCUAUUCCACCGCAACCACCUCGGCACCCGCACCCGCACUCGCACCCGCGCCUGCCGCUCAGCCCGUUCCCGAGGAUAUCUCGACACCGAUCGCACGCCAGACCUCGCGCGCCUCGCAGAACGCCGCUCCCGCUGCAUGGUCGAUCUUUGCGCUGACGCAGGCGGCGUUGGAGCUUCCGCACAUCACCUCCACACGGCGCAUCUCUCCGCCCCCACCUCAGCCCUCUCCUCUACCUGCAUUCCUGCUGCACUGUACGCUCUUUGCGUCGUACGAUCUGAACGUGCCGCAUCCGGUGCCGUUUCGCGAUGUGGGGUGUCCCGCCACGCACGCGCGCGGCGAAGCGGGCGCGACGGCCAAGAGCAAAGUCUCGCAGUCUGUCACGCGGCUUCGCAAGCGUCUAGGCGUACAGAUCCCCCUGGCGUACCUGGGCAGUCCUGGGUUUAACCCGUGUCAGCUCGAUGCGGUCUCGCCGCGCGGCGGGCUGGCGUUCCUGUCGCAUCCCCAGCCCAGGAACGGUGCAGAGAUGACCGCCAGAUCGGGCAACGUCGCAAGAUACCGCAAGGUAAGCCUGUUCCAAGCCCAGGCAAGGGAGAUGACGCACAUCGUGUCCAGACCGCUCGUAGAGCGCGUCGUGUCGGCAGUGUAUGCGGGGCAGGGGAUAUACAACAAGAUGGCGCUGUUUCCCGCAGAGGCCGUUCUUUCCUACACGCGCGAUGCCGAGCAGGCCGACGAGAAACAAAGCUGGCUCGCCAAGCUCAAGGCCAAAGCGAAGAGUUCCGACUCCAAACCCGACGCUGUCGCACAGGGGACACAGACGAUCGCGCAGGUGCGUUCCGCCGACACUGCGCGUGGUACCGAAGCGAUCAAGUCGGUCAAAACAUCCAUGGUCUUUGCCACGCUCGACCUGCUCGCCCCACCUCCGCGGCUGCUCGAAACCGGCGGGCCUUACCCGGUGGAGAUGAACAAAGCCUCCGACGCGGACCUCGCCACCUCGGCGCGGCUUAUCAGCGAGUUCGACCGCGGUACCGACGAUGAGCGCUUUAGCCGCUUCCUCUUCACACCUACCGAAGCGGACGACGCGUUGUUCGCCCAGAUGCUGCACGCGCUCGAACGGCGCGGUGCAAUCUGGUGCGAAGCAGGUCGACUCAUCACGCCUAGCUCGCGCAACCCCAACCCGCGCGAGCGCGCCCGCUUCCUCGUCAAGGGCGUCUUCCCCGAGCGAUUUGCUAACCGAUGCCGCUUCUACCGCGCACGCAAGUUCGAGCCCAUGCCGAGCGAUCUCUCCCCGAACGAGGUGCGCAAAUUCGGCGCACCCCUCAUCGUACACACCGUCGUCGAACGCACGGGAUCAGAGGGGAUCGAUAUCAACGACUACGUCCAGCCCCAGCCAACCAACACAGCAACACGGGCAGACGACGAGGGAUUCGAUUGGGAGUGGGAUGAGAACGACCUGGCGCCCCGGCUAGGCGGGGGCCAAGGCGAGUGCGAGUUGCCCGACUACACGUCGGCGCAGAAGGAGCAGUUGAGGGGGUACGGUAUCGAGUCCGCCCGGGCGCGCGCGCUCAUCGAGGCCGAGGCCGACUUCUUUAUCGGCUGGAGCAUCGGCGUCACAGACGAGCCCUUCAAAAACGGCGGAUGGAUGGAAAGCAUGGGUACCGGCUCGGCACUCUGGUUCGCUGGAGGCGCCUUUUGA